AUGAAUCCUAGUCAGCCAGAACCUAUUGCGAUUGUUGGAAGCGGGUGUCGUUUCCCCGGGGGGUCUUUAUCGCCCUCAAAAUUGUGGCAAUUGCUCCGAGAGCCUCGAGAUCUGAGGAAAGAAAUCCCCGACGACCGAUUCAGCGUCAAGAGUUACUAUCACCCGGAUAAAUUUCAUCAUGGCAUGACCAAUACUACCCAAUCAUAUUUGCUGGACGACAUCCGAAAGUUCGACCCUCAGUUUUUCAACAUCCAGCCUGCCGAAGCGGACGCAAUCGAUCCGCAGCAGCGACUGCUGUUGGAGACCGUGUAUGAGAGUAUGGAAUCGGCCGGUAUGACGUUGGAAGGGCUUCAGGGCACUCAGACAGCCGUCUUUGUAGGCAUGAUGGACUGUGAAUACUCCGACGUUCUUACGGGUGACCUGGAGUGUAUACCGACCUACACCGCCACUGGAACCGCUAGGAGCAUUAAUUCCAAUCGAAUUUCGUAUUUUUUCGACUGGCACGGACCUUCCAUGACAAUCGACACGGCCUGUUCAUCCAGUAUGAUGGCGAUUCAGUUAGCGGCACAAGCACUUCGCAGCGGCGAUGCGCCGGUUGCUGUCGCAGCCGGUUCCAGCUUGAUCAUUACUCCAAAUAACUACCUAAUAUUAAGCAAUCUCAGCAUGAAUUCUGCGGACAGCCAAUCCAAAAUGUGGGACGCCGAUGCCGACGGUUAUGCCCGUGGUGAGGGUGUCGGAGUGGUUAUUCUCAAAAUUCUCAGCCAGGCGCUGAAAGACGGAGAUCACAUUGAGUGUGUUAUUCGAGAGAUAUGUAUCAACCAGGACGGUCGUACGCAGGGUAUCACGAUUCCAAACGAGCUGGCUCAGGCUGCCUUAAUUCGUCAGACCUACCAACGUGCAGGGCUAGAUCCCACGAACCCAGCCGAUCGCCCCCAAUACUUCGAAGCCCAUGGCACUGGGACCCCUGCAGGCGACCCCAGAGAAGCUGAGGCAAUAUCACGGUCGUUCUUCCCCGACGGCUGCGGUGCCUCGCCAGAGGAAACGAUGUAUGUCGGCUCGAUCAAAACGGUCAUCGGCCAUACCGAGGGUGCUGCUGGAAUUGCUGGUAUCCUCAAGGCUUCACUGGCGCUGCAAAAUGGCUAUAUUCCACCAAACCGUCUAUUCAACCGUCUCAGUCCUAAAGUCGCCCCGUUUACUCAGCAUUUGCGAGUCCCUACUUCUCUUAUUCCAUGGCCCCAAGUUACCAAUGGAGGAGUAAGAAGGGCCAGUGUAAACAGUUUCGGGUUUGGAGGAUCGAACGGCCAUGCCAUCUUAGAGAGCUUUGAACCACAAUCGACCUUCAUUUCCCCUCCUGUAACAAACCAGGUGUUAGUGACUCCAUUUGUCUUCUCUGCUGCAUCGGAGCGCACCCUCGCCGCAGUUCUCAGGAAUUACGCGCAACAUUUGAAGACAUUAGAUCAUGUCAACUUGCGCUCGCUUGCUUAUACCCUCCAUUCCCGUCGAUCCGCAUUGCCAUUCCGUACUGCAAUAUGGGCCACCAGUCUCCAGGAUCUACUCUCGAAGAUUGACGGACAGUUGAAUGAUUUCGCCACCAAAAAGACCCCCUCGCUAGGGGUGCGUGGACUGAGCAAGCCAAAUCGGAAAAUACUCGGCGUAUUUACGGGACAGGGGGCGCAAUGGGCAGGGAUGGGCAAGCAGCUUCUGGAGCGCGUUCCAUGUGCCCGCCAGAUCAUCGCCGAGCUAGACGCAUCUCUUGCAAGUCUUCCCGUGAAGCAUCGGCCGUCGUGGACGCUGCUUGAACUGCUCUUAAACGAAUCAGGGACAUCCGCGAUAGGGGAAGCGGCCAUCUCACAGCCCAUCUGCACCGCUGUUCAGGUCCUACUGGUCCGCCUCCUGCGCCUGGCAGGAGUGCAGUUCGAGGCCGUCGUAGGCCACUCUUCCGGGGAGAUCGCGGCGGCGUAUGCUGCAGGUUUUUUGUCAGCCUCAGAUUCCGUUCGAAUUGCAUACUAUCGAGGCUUUGGGGCUGGGGUUGCCGGUGGGCAGAACCAAGAAAAAGGUGCUAUGCUCGCAGUUGGUGCCUCCUUCGAAGAGGUCACAGACCUGUGUCAGCUAGAUGGCAUGAGAGGUCGCAUUGCGGUGGCGGCAUGUAACUCACCGUGGAGUGUGACAUUGUCGGGAGACAUCGACGCCAUCGAAAGCGCAAAGUCAGUCCUUGACAGUGAUGGAAAGUUUACCCGCAUGCUCCGAGUCGAUACUGCCUAUCAUUCUCAUCAUAUGAUUCCGUGUGCCAGGCCGUAUAUGGAGUUUCUUCAGAGAUGUGGGAUCAAGGCUACCAUCCCUGGCCCGACGGCGCCAUCGUGGUACUCGAGCGUAAAUCCAAGCAAUGAGCCUAUACACUUCACAGACAGCUUGGCCGCAGAGUACUGGAGUGACAACAUGGUCCAGCCUGUUCUCUUCGCACAAGCAGUCGAAACAGUGCUUACAUCAUCCGGUCCUUUUGAUCUAGCACUAGAGAUCGGCCCCCAUCCUGCCCUCCAAGGGCCGUUUAAUCAAACCAUGGCAGAGGUGUCCAGGGGCAAGAUCCCUUACUCAGGGUCUUUGAAGCGCGGCAGUGAUGAUAUUGAAGCUUUUGCGAAUUCCUUGGGCUUCAUCUGGACAUGUCUUGGACCCGCCGCCAUAGACCUCAACGCCUAUGAGCAGAGCCUGUUCCCCCAUGACGAGCACGCCCUCUAUAUUAAAGACUUGCCUAGCUAUCCCUGGAACCACGAGCGGUCGUAUUGGUUUGAGUCAAGGAUCAUGCGAGCUCAGCGCGAACGGAAAAGACCGGUGCACCCACUUCUCGGAAUUCAAGGGACCGAUAACACUGAGAGCGAGAUGAAAUGGCGAAAUUUUCUUAAGGUAAAUGAGCUUCCUUGGCUCAAGAAUCACCAGAUCCAAGGACAAGCUGUUUUUCCAGCUGCAGGCUACGCCUGUAUGGCAUGGGAGGCAACCAUGGAACUAUCGAUAGACCGUGCGAUUAGGCUGUUUGAAAUUCAUGAUUUGGUUAUUGGCCGGUCUAUCCUCUUCGACCAAAGCCUUGUUGGGGAAGAAGUGAUCUUCGCACUCUCCAACAUCGAGAGGGACAAUCAGGAUGCAGGUCUUCUUCGGGCGGACUUCUCAUGUCAUUCGUGCUUGAGCCAUGAGAGUACCCAGUUGGUUGAAAAUGCUCGCGGGAGUAUCACUGUCUCAUAUGGUAAACCGAUGGCAGACACUCUUCCUGCGGAAGCCCCCGAGGUUCCGAAUCUAGUCGACGUCGAUAGUGAAUAUCUUUAUGAAUCACUCACAGAUCUGGGCUACGGAUAUACCGGUCCGUUCAAGAUGAUCGAGUCGUUGAGGAGGAAGAGAAACCAUGCCAGGGGUCUUCUGCAGAGAGAGCCGACGAAUCUCCUUAUCCACCCAGCUUUUGUUGAUGGUGGUUUGCAGGCGCUGCUUGCAGCCAUGAGCUAUCCGGGCGACGGUGCCUUCUGGUCUCUUCAUAUUCCAGUCGGUGUGCGCAAUAUCCGACUCAAUCCAUACUUUUGCUAUCUUUCUCAUGAUGAAAUGCCUGCAUUUGAGUUCGAUGCAAUUCUGUCGGACUCCGAGUCUUUCGGUAAUAAUGGCAAUACUCAGAUCUAUCCCCGGGGGAGCUCAAGCGCCCUACUGCAGAUAGAGGGUGUCAACGUGGUUCCAUUUGCACCUGCAACCGCUAAUGACGAUCGCAACAUCUUUUCGGAAGUUGUAUUUGAUCGGCUGACUCUAGAUGGUGAAUGGAUAUCUGGGGGACACGUUGCCUCAUCUGAAGUGUAUAGCCUUGCGUACCUGUUGGAGCGAGUCGCGCACUAUUAUCUACGCCAGCUCCAUGAGAGCGUCACUCCGCAAGAGAGAGAUCAAGCUGAGUUUCCUCACCAACGCAUGUUAGCAUUUGCAGAGCAUAUUGUGACAUCUGUUGCGUCCGGUCAACAUCCUUGGGCAAAGCAAGAGUGGACUCAAGAUACCAAAUCUGAUAUAUUGAAGGCCAGUGAAGGGUACGCACACCUAAUUGAUAUUCGCAUAAUGAGCUCUAUCGGGGAGAACAUGCUUUCGGUGGUGCGAGGGGAAUCGACAUUCCUUCAGCACCUGGUUCAUGAUAAUAUGCUGGAAGAGUUCUACCGGCAUUCCUUAGGCUUUCCAGUGGUGAAUAAGUGGCUCGCUCGCAUGGUUAAGCAGCUCGUCCACCAGUACCCAGCGAUGAAGAUCCUGGAGAUCGGUCCUGGCACCGGUGGAGCGACUAAGUUGAUUGUUGAGACCACCGGGCGCAAGUUCUUUUCCUACACGUAUGCUAGCGUCUCCCCCGCGUACUUCGAUCCCGCGAAGCAGGACUUCAGCCAGUUUGCCAGCAAUAUGGAAUACAAAACCCUAGACCUGGAGAAGGACAUGUCUGAGCAGGGCUAUUCCGAGGGCGAGCUUGACCUGAUCAUUGCGUCCAACGUGCUCCACGGCACCAAGAAUCUCGAACAAACUCUGCGUCGGGUUAGGGGGCUCCUUCGCCCAGGAGGGCACCUGUUGAUGCUCGAGAUCACCAACACGGGCCCAAUGCGAUAUGGCCUUCUGAUGGGUGGUCUUCCCGGAUGGUGGGCCGGCCAUAAUGACGGCCGCCAAAUGGCACCUAUAGUUGAUCCGGUUCAGUGGCAUUCAUUGCUGCAAAAAUCAGGGUUUUCGGGGAUUGAGGCUAUUACUCCAGCGUCGGAUGUUCUCCCCUAUCCGAUGUCGAUCAUGGCGGCGCAAGCAGAUGACUAUCGAAUCCAGUUUCUCCGCGAUCCAUCUUUUGAGCCAAAUCCUCAAGUCAACCAAGGUGAAUUGCUAAUUCUAGGAGCGCAAAGCCUGUUCACCACUAAGUUGGCACAAAGGAUCUCCAGAAUCCUAGCCAACAGAUUCGCUGAGAUCACGAUCUUGAGAAAGAUGGAGCAUCUGGACAGGCCAAGAUUUCGUAUCCCACGGAAUGUCAUCAACCUGUGUGACCUAGAUGAGCCGACAUUCUUGCGCAUGAGCCAGGAGAAAUUGGGCUCAUUGAAGCUCCUGGUGAGUAGUGCGAAGAAUAUCCUGUGGGUUACUCAUGGUAGCCAGGGGAAGGAGCCAUAUAACAACAUGAGCAUUGGAUUCGCGCGAUCUCUGAGAUAUGAAAUUCCCGACAUGCGACUCCAGGUGCUAGAUACCGACGAUGUCAAUCAUCUAGACGCACAGUAUGUCUCUGACUUGGUACUUAAAAUAAGCGCUAUAGACAGUUGGGCGCAGCUCGGGGAGAUGGAUGAUGUCCUUUGCGUAACUGAGCCCGAGAUUUAUCUGAAAGAAGGCUCAGCAUACAUUCCUCGCGUCAUCCAGGAUCGAGUGCGCAACGAUCGAUACAAUUCCAAGCAGCGAUCACUGGAAAAGCAGGUGGAUCCAACUCUACAGUCAGUUUUUCUAGAUGUGAGAGGGGAUUCCUACGUGUUGCGUGAGAUGUCUUCGCACUCGACUUCCACAGCAAUAUCAGACGAUUUUGUGAGAGUCAGGGUGGCCACAUCAACUUCACACGCUAUCAGGGCAGCAUCAUCUGAAGCAGCCUUCAUCGCGUACGGUACAGUUGAAGCAACCUCGCAGUCUGUCGUUGUAUUCAGUGAUAAGAAUGCAUCAGUUAUUGAAGUUCCCAAGAAAAAUGUCGUUCGCUGUGAAUGGGACGUUGCCAAGCAGCCUGCAUUCUUACAGGCGACCAUUUUUGAACUCAUGGGCGACAACAUACUCUCUCUAUGUCCGCCUAAAGGAGAUGUUCUUCUCUACCAGCCGCCAGAAUCUAUUUUGAUCAUCUUACAGUGUCGAGCAGCCGAAACAGGUCGCCGCGUGUUCGAACUUACACACGGCCCAAGGAAGUCUACAUCGACCGUCUCCAUCCAUUUGCGUGCUUUGGAAAGCCACAUUCGAGGCGUUCUUCCAAAGAACAUUUCGGUCUUUGUCAACUUUUCGGUCGACGCACCCCACAUUGACUUUUCACGACGCGUAAUGUCCGGCUUGGCUGUUGGAUGCAGAAUAAUAGGGUUCAACGCGUUAUAUCAACAAGCAGCAACUUCGAUGCCUGAUUAUGCUAUGCAGAAGUUUCACUUGGCCUUGGAAGGGGCCGCUGAGCACGCCGCCGACAAACUCCAGCGCAUGCAAUUUCCUUCAUUCGACGCAGUCACUGUCCAUGAAGUUAUGAAAAGUAGGCCAGCAAGCAACAAACACUACGUCAUUGACUGGACAUGUAAUUCGCAUGUUAGCGCUCAAAUCGAAUCUGCAAGCACACAAGUAAAACUCAACCCAGCAAGGUCCUACCUUCUUAUAGGUCUCACAGCAGACUUGGGCCAAGCUGUAUGUGAGUGGAUGAUCAACCAUGGAGCUCGAAACGUUAUUUUGCUCAGUCGCAACCCACGUGUGGACCAGAAAUGGCUCGAGUUGCAGGCAGACAAGGGUGCAACGGUCGCUGUGUAUUCUGCAGACGUGAGUGAUCGACAAAGCAUCCGCAAAGCCCACCGCAAAAUGACCGAGUCCCUUCCUGCAAUCGCGGGAGUCGUCAACGCAGCAAUGGUCCUCCAAGACUCGAUCUUUUCCAACACGAAUCUUGACAUGCUCCGGGCGGUGAUGGCCCCGAAGGUCGAUGGCAGUCGCUACGUUGAUGAACUCUUUUCCGAUCCCAGUCUGGAUUUCUUUAUCCUCUUUUCCUCGGUUGCUUGGGCCCUUGGGAACGGUGGCCAGACCAGUUAUGCGGCCGCCAAUGGGUACCUUGUCAGCCUGGCGGCACAGCGAAGAAAUCGGGGCUUGCCGGCAUCAGUGAUUGAUCUUGGCCCGGUCCUGGGUCUGGGAUAUAUUACGCGGUCCAGUCAAAUGACUGCUCAAAUGGCUGCCGCCCUGAUCAAUGCUACAGGGACCUACCCAAUUUCCGAGUACGACCUUCUCGAGCACUUUGCAGAGGCUGUCCUGGCCAGUCCAGUGGGAUCAACUGCAGCCCACGAAAUUAUCUCCGGGAUUCGCGAGGUUGAGCCUUUGAACGAUGGGGUAGCUUGGAUCAGCAACCCACAGCUUUCGCAUUUCGUGGUCGACAAGACCAACGUCAAGGCGAACAAAGCAGACAAACGGGUGAUGCCGAUCAAAGACCAGUUGCGAGAGGCGCGCACUCUUCCAGUGCUCCGACAAAUCAUUCAAGAUGGGUUUACGGCCCGCCUUCUCAUCCUGCUGCAGCUUUCUGCCGAUAACAUGAACGAGGAGGUGCCUCUAGUAGAGCUUGGAGUGGACUCUCUGGUGGCAGUCGAAGUGCGCUCAUGGUUUCUGAAAAACGUGAAUAUAGAUCUUCCUGUGUUGAAGAUUUUGGGUGGAUCGAGCCUCCUGGAUAUUGUUGAAAUUGCACUCCAGCAGGCAGCCUCAAAGCUGCUUCCAGAAACCGGCAAUAUUGAAGGCAACCCCGAAGAUGGCACAGCAUCCGGCAAGCUGAAUCUGCCGCCUCAAGCGAAAGCUAUCACAGACCGUUCGACAGAAGGCUCGUCUUCCUCCCCAGUUACCGAUCAGGCGGAGCAGUUCUCGUCGGAUAAAGAAGACACCAGAAUGACCCCACCGUCAACCCCCCAUUCCGAGCAGUCGGAUAUCCAUUUUGAGCCUGUUAUUGAGAGAACGGAGAGAAUGUCUUUCACGCAGAGAAGAUUUUGGUUCAUGCGCCACCAUCUAACUGACCGAACCACGCACAAUGUUACAUUCGCUCAUCAUCUGGAGGGAAUCUUUAAUGCUGCGGAAUUUGCCGAGGCCUUGACUGCUUUAGGAGACAAGCACGAAGGCCUUCGUACAUGUUUCUUUGAUGGCGGGUCAGAAGACUGUGAACCGAUGCAAGCAGUUAUGACUCGAUCUCGUUUGCACCUUGAGCACCGCCAUAUUGAAACAGCCGAUGCCAUCGACGAGGAGUUCAAGAAACUUGUGAGCCACGUCUACGAUUUGGAGAAGGGUGACAUCAUGAAGUUCAUCCUGCUAACCCAUAACCCCAUGUCACAUUUUCUGGUAAUCGGAUACCAUCAUAUUGCCAUGGAUGGUAUUGGGUUUGCGUGUUUCAUGCAAGAAUUGAUGCAUAUCCGCACGACAGCUUCCUCUCCAGUGCCGUAUCAGUAUAUUGACUAUUCCAUCAAACAACGAGAGGCUUAUGAGCAUGGGGAAAUGUCGCGUGAGAUCGAAUUCUGGAGGAAAGAGAUUUCCAACCCGCCGCCGCCGUUGCCACUUCUCCCCUUCGCGAGUACGAAGCAUCGACGCGCCCUCAGGGAGUAUUCCCAUUUCACGAGCAGCUUCCGGUUAUCAUCCAUCGUCGCGGCCAGGAUCAAACGCCAGUGCCGCACGUAUCAAGCUACCAGCUUUCAUUUCUACCUGGCCGUCUUGGAAACAAUGCUGUUCAAGAUGCUAGACUUGGACGAGCUAUGCAUCGGCAUUUCGGAUUCGAAUCGUACCGAUGGAGAUAUGCUGCGCACGAUGGGUGCAUUUAUGAACCCCUUGCCCUUGCUGUUUAGGCGCCAAACGAGUCAGUCCUUCGGGGACGUAGUCAGAACUACACGUCAAAAGGUGUAUUCCGCCAUGGAGCACGCCAGGCUUCCUUACGAUGUACUCCUCGAUGAACUGAAAACUCCGCGCUCUGCCGACUACUCUCCCCUUUUUCAGGUAUUUCUUGAAUUCCGGCACGGCGUGCAGGAGCAGCUGGAGUUGGGGAGCUGCCUGGCGCAGCGGACACACUGGGAUUACGGAAAUACUUCGAAUGAUAUCAUGCUAGACAUUACCGAGAACACCAGUGGCGAGGCGGUGGUUUCAAUUAGCACUCAGAGAAGCCUGUACUCGCAGGAAGACACAGACUUGCUUGGCCGAGUCUUCCAAAACCUCUUGGAUACUUUUACGAACAAUCCAGCUCAGCGAGCAGGGCAUCCUCCUCUGUUUGCCGAGGUGGACAUUGAUAAAGCCAUCAAGGCUGGUCUUGGUCCACAAGUGCAACCCACCUGGCCUACCAAUCUUGCGGAUUGUAUUUAUGUCAGUCUGGCUGCAAACCCCGACAAGAUAGCUUUGAAGGGCGAUUGCGGUUUAGAAAUCACAUAUCGUGAACUUUCCGAUCGUGCCAAUCGCAUUGCAUCCGCAGUGAAGAACGCAAGCAUCCAGCAGGGGUCAAGGAUUGCUAUUCUUUUGGAACCCGGCCCAGACCAAGUGGCCUCGAUGAUAGCGAUGUUUCGACUGGGGUCGAUAUACGUACCUCUAGACAUCCGGCAACCAGCACCCAGAAUAAAGGUCCUUCUCGAAGACUGCAAACCAGGCGCUGUUAUAUAUCACGCCGCCACACUCGAGCUGGCAGGCUCAUUGUCGCCCUCUGACACAACAAAACUGCUUGAUCUCACGGUAGUGGAUACGGAACCGACACCCUCAUACUCUGCUCCCAUCGGCGGAGACUCUCCGGCCAUGGUCCUUUAUACCAGCGGCUCGACGGGAACGCCGAAAGGGAUUGUUAUAUCCCACGGUAACAUCUGUGACCAUCUUGAAAGCAUGAGCCAGACCUUGGGCUUCGGCGCAGAGGUGAUGUUGCAUCAGAGCGCUCCUACUUUUGAUCUCGCCGUCAGUCAAGUUCUGAUGACACUCUGCCAUGGUGGCACGUUGGUCAUCGUACCCCAAUCAAAGCGUGGCGACGUCCACGAGAUAACGAAAAUCAUGGCCGAGCAGCAUGUGACUUCCACGGUUGCCACGCCAUCGGAAUAUUCUGCAUGGCUUCGGUACGGCCGUGCGAAUCUUCAAUCCUGUACGACCUGGACCGUGGCUCUCAGCGGGGGUGAACAAUUGACGUCAAGAUUAAUUCAAGAGUUUGACGCCAUGCAUACCUGCUCCCCUCGGGUUGUCAAUAUUUAUGGACCUGCGGAGAUCACCAUUUCAAGCAACUGUCUGACAGUUCCUCGAACUGAAACCAAUGCCUCGGUUCCAGUCGGGCCCACCCUGCCCAAUUACUCCGUCUAUAUUGUGGAUUCGAACAUGAAGCCUCUGCCCAUGGAAAUGUCCGGAGAAAUCUGCAUUGGCGGGUGCGGAGUCACGCUCGGCUAUCUGAAUAAUGACAGUCUUACCCAGAAGAAAUACGUCACUAAUCCAUUCGCCCCCGAGACCCACCGGGCUAGAGGAUGGACCCGAAUGGUGCGAACUGGUGAUUGCGGGCGGCUUUCCCAUGACGGUUCGCUGGUCUUUGAGGGCCGGAUGGGUGCCGACUCGUUCAAUAAACUAAACGGAAUUCGAGUAGAAUUGGAAGACGUUGAGAGUGUGAUUCUUCGGCAAGCGGACGGAGGUAUAGACCAGGUCAUCGUGUCCGUGCGUGGCGAUCCUCAGUUCCUGGUUGCUCAUGUCGUGCUGUCUCCCAGCCUCGCCGAUAUCGACCAGGAAGAAUUCCUCGAGGACUUGCGCUCCAACCUCCCAUUGCCGCUGUACAUGUGCCCGGCCAGAAUCGUUCCCGUGACCGAGUUCCCCCUCAGCGCGCACUCGAAGGCGGACCGUCUCGCCAUCGCCAGGCUACCUCUGCCAGCAACUGCUCUCCGAAGGCCUAGUGUGGGAUUUGAACUGACCGACCUUCAAAAGGAGCUAAAGGAACUGUGGGAUGAAAUUCUUCCCCAAGAACUCGUCGGCAUCUCCGCUGCGCACUCAGAUCUCAAUUUCUUUCAGGCCGGAGGAAACUCCUUUCUCUUGCUGAAAAUACAAGCCUUGGUCAGAAAGCGCUUUUCAGUCACACUGACCGUGGCUGACCUUUACGAGGCCAGUACUCUUGGGCUUGAAGUUAUGUUCGGUAAGCCGGCGCUCGGUGUUGACGGGGUCUUGGUUUCCCGUGACCAAAAUCAUCCUCUGUCGGAUAUCCACGAUCAGAGUCGAAUCCGACUCACGACGGACGAUAUUGGGGGCAUUUGGGACGCGAAGCCCAGGAUUUCCUCGGACACAACACUGACAGCGCCUGGAUGGAUCGGCGCCGUUAAAGCCGCCGGUUUGCCGGUCGGGAUCGAGCCCGAUUGGUGA